UAAUCAUUCUUGAUUUGGGGAAAGUACCGUAUCUCGCGAAAAGUCAAAAGUUUGAUAAAAGUGAUUGAAAUUUUUGCUUUGUAGAAGAAAAGUUUUACAUUUUUAGUUAAAGAACAUGGGCCGAGCUCGCCGCAAGCAUGCAGCUGGUACACAGAAGCUAGCUCGACCGGAAAAACAGCCGACUGUUUUGGUUGAAAAAGACGUGGAAUUAAAAGGGAUUGAUGAGAGCAACUCACUGGUUCUUCCUGAUAAGAAAGACAGAAAACUUCACAAAGAAAUAGACAAACCGCUUCCCCGAAAACUGAGUAAAAAGCAACGGAAAAAAUUUGAAAAAGUUUUGGAUCAAAAAAGAAAAAAAGAAAAAAGAUCUGCACUGCUCGAAAGUUUGUCUUCUGUUCAAGUGAGCUCAUCAGAGCUGGCAUUGUUUGAUAGUGUUGCCCACCUUGGCACAAAGAACUCAAAGCUGAAACUGCUGUCGAAACGUCCGCUGCCGAGUGAUUUAAAACAGGCGAUUGCAAGCCAGGAAAAUGAACCUAAUGCUAGUGUAAACAGCUUGGCAGGAAAACGCAAACGAAGAAAAUUGACAAAGAAGGAAAAACCAUUGAAACCAGUUGCUCCUCCCCAAGAAGAAGAAACAGAAGAAUCCUCUAGUGACGAUGAGGAUCAGAAUGUUGAAAAUGAUGUUUCCAUGAGUGAGCAGGAUCAUUCAACUGAAGAUGAGAAGCAAGAAGAAAAGGUUGAAAAAUCGAAAAACACUGAAAAUUCUGAAAGUGCAAAAGAGAAUAUGGAAAUUGUAAGUGACCAAAAAAGUGAACCACAGUCUGUUAAAAAAGAAGUUGAGAAAACUAAAGAAUCGAAACCGGUCACAUUUGUGAGUUUGGAUCGCACAGCAGCCAUUCAGGAAGCUCGACUGGCGUUACCAAUUCUUGCAGAGGAACAAGUUAUCAUGGAGGCAAUCAAUGAAAACCAAGUUGUUGUUAUAUGCGGUGAAACUGGGUCGGGUAAAACAACUCAAGUGCCCCAGUUCUUGUAUGAGGCAGGAUAUGCAAGGCAUGGCAUGGUUGGAGUCACUGAACCAAGACGAGUAGCUGCAGUAAAUAUGUCAAAGCGAGUUGCUGUGGAAAUGAACUUACCCACCAGCAAAGUAUCUUACCAAAUCAGGUAUGACAACAACGUCACAGAGGAUACGUGUAUAAAGUUCAUGACAGACGGUGUGUUGGCUCGUGAAAUGAAAGCAGACUUCUUACUCACCAAGUAUUCAGUAUUAAUACUUGAUGAAGCUCAUGAAAGAACUGCAAAUACCGAUUUGUUGAUUGGUUUGUUAUCCAGAGUGGUUCCAAUGAGAAAUAAGAGAGGAAAACCAUUGAAGUUAAUUAUAAUGUCAGCAACACUACGUGUGGAGGAUUUUACAAAGAACGAACGUUUGUUUAAAACGCCGCCACCUGUAUUGAAAAUUGAGACUCGUCAGUUUCCCGUUACAGUUCAUUUCAGUAAAAGAACUCCUCAAGAAGACACUGAAGAUGGGACAAGGUUUGCGUAUCUGGAUGAAGCUUAUAAGAAGAUUUGCAAAAUCCACCGCACUUUACCAGCAGGGGGAAUACUUGUGUUUGUGACCGGUAAACAAGAAGUUCACGCUCUGAAACGUAAACUGUCUAACACUUUUCCAACUGAAAUGCAACUCAAUAGGCAACUGAACAACAAUGAACAAAUCUCAGUUAAAGAUGAGGAAAAACUCCCAUCAAUCAACCUGGAUAAAUACAAACCGACUCCGGAUGAAGACGAAGAUGAAGACUUCGAUGUGAAACCAACGGAGGACUUGUUGCUCUCGGAAGAUGAAGAUCAAUCGGACUCGGAGCUGUGGAUGGAUGACAGUGCGUACUCCUCAGAUGCAGAUCAUACGCUUCCAAUGCGUGUCCUGCCUCUCUAUGCGAUGCUGCCAGCUCACAAGCAGAAACUGGUUUUCGAGCCGGUUCCGACCGGUUUUAGGCAGUGUGUGAUAGCAACUAAUGUAGCUGAGACUUCACUCACAAUUCCUGGAGUUAAAUACGUCGUAGAUACCGGGAAAGUUAAACGAAGAGUUUAUGACAAAACCACGGGCGUUUCUACCUUUCGAAUUGGCUGGGUAUCAAAAGCAUCAGCCAAUCAGAGAGCUGGUAGGGCUGGCCGUACAGAAGCAGGUCACACCUACAGGUUAUUCUCAUCUGCCGUUUUCCAAGAUUUUGAGGAUUUUGAUCUGCCUGAAAUUUCUUCCAAACCUGUUGCUGGAUUGGUGCUACAGAUGAAGUCCAUGAACAUAGACCGAGUCGUCAAUUUUCCCUUCCCGACUCCCCCGUCACACAAGGCACUAGAGGGAGCUGAAGAGCUGCUGACUUCACUCGGAGCGAUCGAAAAACCCCCUCGUAAUUUAACAGUGGCUGAACUUAAAAAAGUCAAGCAUAGUGGUUCAAUCAGUGAACUUGGUCGGUUAAUUGCUUCAUUUCCCGUCCACCCACGAUAUGGAAAAAUGAUUGCUGUUGCUAUUAACAACGAAAGGAAACUCCUGGAAUAUGUUAUCACUAUUGUAGCCGCACUCACUGUGAAGGAAAUGUUUGCUGUUUCUGAUUUUGACGCAGAAAGAAGCAACGGAAAGGAAAAACAAAGACAUCUGGCUGCCCGCUUACAACACAUGAAGGUGUUAUGGUGUACCGGGGGUGGACCUCAACGCAGGUUACUUGGUGACCCAAUGGUAUACAUGGGUGCUAUAGGAGCAGCUGAGUUUGCGGGUGCUACUCCAUCUUAUUGUGCCAACAAUUGCUUAAGACCAAAAGCAAUCAUUGAAGUUCGAAAACUUCGUUCCCAGCUCACCAACCUCGUAAACAAGAUACAACCUGAGUGUGAACUUGAAUUGAAUCCGAAAAUGAAUCCACCCAACGACACACAGGUGAAACAUUUGAGGCAAAUCAUAUUAUCGGCCAUGCCUGAUCGCGUGGCAAGAAGAAUUCCAACUGAUGAGUUGCCAAAAGAAGAAGCCAAGAAGUUAAAGGGAGCUUACAGAUGCGCGCUUCUUGAAAAUCCUAUCUUCAUACAUCCGGAGUCGAUUCUCUCACGUGACCCACUGCCUUUUUUCCUCGUUUUCCAGGAGGUUAUGGAAACAAGAGAAGGAAAGAAGACCUAUAUGAGAGAUAUAACUGAGAUUGAACCAAACUGGCUUGCUACAUUCUGUCCACAACAUUGCGUAUUCUCCAAGCCGUUGGAUGACCCCAUGCCGACCUAUGACCCCGUGUUAGAUGAGGUCAAGUGCCACGUCACGGCAACAUAUGGCCGCCUUUCAUGGCCAUUAGGCGCAGUUGAAAUACCAUAUCCUGCAGGAUUGGACAGAUUUCGUUGGUUCGCUCGUUUUCUUCUUGAAGGCUCCGUUAUGACGUCAUUAGGCCAAUUUUCUUCUCUCUUUCUCUCCCGUCCCGCUACUAUGGUCAAGUCAUGGUCAAACUUACAGCCGCGAACGGAGUCUUUAUUAAAAGCCUUAGCUGGCCGUGGUGUAGACAGCAAGAAAAAACUCACAGAAAUAUGGAAAGACAACCCAUCAUACUUGAGAGAAGAAUUAUUGGAGUGGUUAGCGCCCGGAUCACAUCAGCACUUCUUGUCGUCGUGGCCGCUUUCUUAGUGGAGCGGAAUAUUUUGGGUCCUGUUUUCUCUAGGUGUUGCAUAAAUCUUGGCAAUAUGGCUUAGUUUUCAAUGAAGAUAUCAGUUUUUGUAUUUUUUAAAAUACGUGUAGUAUAGGGUGGGGAAAAAUGGGACACCUUUUUAUUAUAUUUUCUCGUCUCAUUUGGUCGUAAACAAAGAACAUUCAAAGAAUUAUAAAAUCGUAUUUUCACGACUCCCAUAAACCGUUGUUAAUUGUUUAAAACACGAUCAGGAUAUUUGGAUAUUAUGUGCUAAAGUUGUCCUAUUCUCCCCCCACCCUACUAUAUUUCACAUUGUACAUUUCACUGCCUCAAAUAAAAAGGUCAAGAUCGAUAA